AUGCAUUCGAAAUUUGAGGAGAUUCCACGUCAUGGAAAUCACAAUCGCAAUCGUCGUCUCGACGAUGCGUAUUUGCAAGAGGUUGGGUUGUUCUCCAGGAACCUUUCAACAAUGGGCCCGCACGACUCGCUUGUCAACGACACUCUAAUCGUAGCUCAAUGGUUAGCAGUAACUCGAGGUUCGCGUUACCCCCUUCGAAGACACGGAUACGAGGCCCAAGAUAUUGGCGCUUAA